AUGUUGCCCACGGCCGUCCGCCUCGCCCCUGUUCGCUCUGGGGUCGCCCUGCUCCCUCUCUCGGGUCGCACUGGCGGCUCCACACACACACACACACACACACAUACCCACGUCACCUUCACCACUGACCUCAAACCACAGAGAGAGCAGAAGAAACAAAAUAAAAGUCUCUCUCUCUCUCUCUCUCACAAAGUCUCUCUCUCAAAAGUCUCUCUCUCUCUCUCUCUCUCUUCCCCUCUCAAAGUCUCGCUCUGUCUCCCUCUGUCUCUCCUGAGUCUCUCUCUUUGUCUCUCUCUCUUUGACUCUCUCUCGCUAUUACCACAUGAAAGACUGUGCUAUACUAUCUUAGAGGGUUGCACAACUGCUCCGAUCAAGAGCACCAGGCCUGGCAGCGACAGCUUCCCUCCCACUUGGGCCCCGCGUUUCGUGCCCUACAACCCGAUCGCCCAGUUCAACCCAGACAGUUGCAGCACCUGGAUUCCUUCAAUGCCAGGGGCCCCUCCCUCGUCCGUCCUGGUCCGUCUUCUUCCCCCCUUCACCCAAGCUUUUUUUACUGUCUAUUCCAGUCGCCGGCCCUGCGGCUCUAGCGCAGAGGGUGACAGUGGCCCCCGCGUCCUGCAAGCGCCUCAAAACAUAGCCGCUGACGACCCCGCCGCCUUGGUCUUCCAUCUGCAAGCGCAUCGUCUCUGGGCCCUUGGCUAUCAAGGCCAAGGCGUGCGCGUCGCUGUCUUCGAUACCGGCAUUGCGGCAACCCACCGCCAGAUCAGGAACAUCGUCGAGCGUACAGAUUGGACCGAUGAGCAUGUCCUGGAUGAUCAAUUGGGACAUGGCACUUUUGUUGCCGGUGUCAUUGCAUCCCACAGCGACUGCCAGGGCCUCGCGCCCUUGGCUGAAAUCCACGCCUACCGUGUCUUUACCCGCAAACAAGUCUCUUAUACCUCCUGGUUUCUCAACGCCUUCAACUAUGCCAUGGCCCGCCGUGUGCACUUGAUCAACUUGAGUAUUGGAGGUCCCGACUUUCGCGACGAGCCCUUUGUGGCCAAGGUUCAGGAACUGACCGCGCGUGGCAUUGUCCUGGUCUCGGCCAUUGGAAAUGAUGGGCCCCUCUAUGGCACCUUGAAUAAUCCUGGUGACAUGAACAGCGUGAUUGGCGUGGGUGGAAUCGAUUAUCGGGAUGAGCUGGCCCACUUUUCCUCGCGAGGCAUGACGUUGUGGGAGCUUCCCUGGGGAAUGGGGCGUGUCAAGCCUGAUAUUGUUACCUAUGGCUCAACAGUUCGAGGCCCCAAACCUGGUGGCGGUUGCCGGACACUGAGUGGUACCAGCGUCGCUUCUCCCGUUGUGACGGGAUCUCUGGCUCUUUUGCUCUCCGCGCUGCCCGAGGGCCGCCGGAAUGCUCGCAAUGUUGGCGCCAUGCUCAAGCAAACGCUUCAUCAAACCGCUCAGCGUCUGCCCAAAGUGAACAUGUUUGAACAGGGGGCUGGCAAACUGGACCUCGUCCGAGCCGCCAUGUACUUGGAAUCUUACCUGCCGCAUGUUUCUCUCUUCCCGGCCCAACUUGAUACGACCGAUUGCCCUUAUGCCUGGCCCUACUGUACAUCAGGCAUAUAUUAUUCGGCUUUGCCCUUGGUGGCCAACCUGACCGUCAUCAACGGUGGGAUCAAUGCUUCAAUGCCUUCCCGCACGCUUGGCAAAAGCCUCACACGCGUGGGUGCCACCUCCCGUUUGCGCAAGCAAAGUCAUCUGGCGGUCCGGGUCGGUGUCAACCGCAAUGGACGCCGGGCCACUUGUGUGGCGGAUGGGGUCAUCGUUAUUCAAGUUGAAACGAUUGUGGAGGGCCAAGGCCGCCCUCUGCUACAGGAUGUACAACUUCCUGUCACAGUGCGCAUUAUUCCAACGCCGCCACGCUCGCGACGGCUUCUGUGGGACCAGUAUCACAGCCUAGCUUAUCCUUCGGGCUACUUUCCGCGCGAUGAUCUGCAACAAUCAGACGACCCCUUGGACUGGAACGGUGAUCAUCCCUAUACCAACAUGCGCACCAUUUUCAACCGACUGAUGGCCAGUGGCUACUUUGUCGAGGUGCAACAAGAGCCCCUUUCCUGCGUGCGAGGUGAAGAUUACGGCGCCCUCCUCAUCGUGGACCCGGAGGAGGAGUUCUUUGCCGAGGAAAUCCGACAUGUUGAAUAUAUGGCCUUUGAAGGACGCUUCAGCUUUGAGCACAAAACCAUUUCGUAUGCCACAGGAGCCACCUUGGCCGAAUUUCCAAAGGGUGGCAUCGUGGUCAGCGCCCUUCUUUCCAAUUCUCUCGACAACCAUGUGCUGGAUCAACAUGGACGCAUUGGCAUCUAUGGAGACUCCAAUUGCAUUGACGAUGCGCACACUGCCGCAAAUUCGCCGCCCUGCCACGACCUGUUCCUGAGCAUGCUUGAUUAUGUGCUCCGAAAUGAUGCUGGCGCAACACCACUGCUGCAGCUCGGUGAAAUGCUGGAAGUUCACUUGAAAGCUGUAAACAGUGUGCUUCCUCGACGCAGCCCACUCUCGACACUGGGUUUCUACUCCCACGUGAUUAACCUUUGCGCACCAUCUAUGCUCACCCUCACCCAACAAAUGUCAUGCCCGUACGCGCACUCGGGCACCCUGUGGCUGUUGCCCUCGCCGGCGAGACACGCAAAACCACCCCACACAGUUUACCGACGCCACGCGCCGUGGCAACCUCAGCAGCCAACCAACAUGCCAAUAUCAACGAAUGGCGCCGCCAAACAACGACGGCUUGGACCCAAGCAUGGCUGA